CACGUGUUUAUCGUUGUAGGAAGGAGCGGCAGUGGAAAAAGCAGGAUAGGAAACACUCUUCUCGGAAGACAUGCCUUCGUAAUCGGAGAUGGGUCUUAUCCAAUAACAAGGAAGUCUCAGAUAAAAUCAACAAUAAGAAGACACACAAUAUCAACGGUCUUGGAUACUCCUGACAUCUUCAGCCUGAGCUGUGAACCUGAAAAUCAGAUAACAGAAAUUAAGAGGUGGAAGACACUGACAUCACAUGAAAAGCCGAUCAUCCUGUUGGCCGUGCGCCUCGAUAUGGAGUACAUGAUCGAUGACUACGCCAUCUACAAAGAGUUCAAGCGGCUCUGGGCAGACGACUCCGACAUCGCACGUCAUCUGGUUGUGGCCUUCACCUUCGGAGACCGGAUACACAGAGACUUUGUGAGGGAGUUGAAGGACAUAAGCGUGGAGCUCAAGAGUGUCUUGAAGGAUGCCCACAAUCGCUACGUGAUUUUUCAAGUAGAUACAGGUGAGAAAGACAUCCACGAAGAGUUCGACCAGUUCUCUAGUAUCAUCAACGAAUGGCAAACACAGUACGGCUUCGUUCACAUCCAGAAAGUCACGACCUCUGUGAUAUUCAUCAUAGCCCUAAUAGCUUGUGUCUGCAUUGUCAUGGAAGUCUACAAUGGUAUGGAGUUGAUUGUGGCAGGUGGACUGCUGUGUCUCUUCAUGGCUGUGCUGUGGUAUUGGAUGAGGCAACUGGGCAGGCUAACCACCACCCAAAAUAAUCAUGAGCCACAUAUAGAGGCGAUGCAAAGAGUGACCAGCAUCUUGUGUAGCUUUUACUUAUAUACUUCGACAGCAGCCAGUGCUUACUAG